GACGGAGCGAGGGGAUUGAGAGUCAGGGUUUGUAACUGUAAGGGUCUCCCCAGCCGCUGCCAUGACUUUAAGUGUUCUGCAACUUGAGUGCAGCAGAUAUGAGCUCCUGCCUGAGCAAUACUGUAUCCCACAAAGAGGGAGACAUUGCAUAUAUCCACAAACACACAUGAGAUAAAUAAAUGUACACACACACACAUAGCAGAAGAAAAGAAAUAGAGAAAUGUGGUCGGGGGAAACUGAAUUUCAUAACGUUAAAGAAAAAGAUGAGGAGGAAAUGGUUCGUAUUUGGGCGCUGGAGGAUAGCAGGAGAAGAUUGGUGUUGGGAAUAAUACAGGAGGUUGUGGUGGCUGCGGCGUUGGGUGUUGUGGCGGCAGGAGCACCAGCCAGACAGCCAAGCAUCUCUCUUUGUAAGAGAGAGAGAGAAGAGAGAGAGAGAGAGUGGGAGUGGUGUGGUGGAUGGGUGGCUUUCGGCGAUAAACGGCAAAGGCGAUACAGAUUCUCUCCGGAACUCUUCCAGACCAAUCAAUAUCCACCGUUCUAUAAUGAGCAUGCGGUCAGAUAUAAAACUGGUUUUUCAAGUAAAACUUCCUAAACGACGCCGUUUUGCUCACCUUUCUCUAUCGUCUCACACCUGUUCUGGCUGCUCGCUUGUCUCCCUUUUUGCUGUAGCAACUUCACCGCCCCGCCCACUCUGCCCUCCCACUCCCAGUAGUUCCUCAGUCCCAUUCUUCCCAGCGAACCAGAACCUCCUCCUCCUCCUCCAUUGAGUAUACUGGGGCAAAAUGUUUGGUAUUUCGUACGGAGAGCUCUUUCUCCUCAUCGGCGCCACCGCUACUUUAGUCGGUGCACACAAACUCUCUCUCUCUCGAAAGGUGACCUGGUUUGAUGUGUUAUGGGUUGCAGGACCAAGGGAUUUUCCUAGAAUUGCUAGAGGAGCAGGGAGGUUAGCGGGUCGAUCAAUCAGGUACGUUCAUUUAGCUCGAGGCCAAUUCGAUAAUGCCAUGCAGCAGUCUCAAGCUCACCAAGUUCAUAAAGAACUUCAAGAUGCAUUGGCACAACUGGAGUCGAUUCGUUACGAAGUUCGAAGUAUGUCACUUAUGAAUCCGGGUCCUAUGACUCGAAAGCUGAUGGAUAAUCCUCAAUUCCUGACUCCUCCUGAGUACCGGCAUUUCUCUAGAGAAGGCGAAGGAGGACGUGAAGUCAAUAAAUUCCGUAAUGAAGGAUCAGACCUUGUGUUGGAAGCAGUAGUUGAAGCAGAGGUAGCGUGUAACGCCAAGGAGUUCUUUUCACAACCUGAAAAUCAAAUACAGGGAACUGAAAAGUGAAAAGGUGAUGAUACUUUAAAAAAAAUCUUCAUCACUUCGUUUAUGUAGGGGUAAGGAGGGUCUGAGUUUGGUUUUUCUUUUUAUUUGUAUUAACAGAUUUCUAGGUUUGUUUGGAUUGUUGAAUUGAUGGUUGAACUGAAUUGGGAUUUGGCUCAUUUAUUGUAUUUAAGUUACUGAAUCAGGAAUAACCACUUAGAGAGACAAUAGUCGAUAUAAUUGCUUUUUGGGUUUUGUUUGGAUUGUUGUAUUGAUCAUACACUGAAUUGGUUUUGGUUUGGUUCAAUCUUGUUCCCAUAUUGAAUUUACUAAGCAAAGCACAAUCAUUGAGAAGGGACAAGAAUAUAUGUAAUUGCUUUGUGGAUUUGUUUGGAUUUAUGUUUAAUUGAAGUGGACUGAUGAUGAAUUGAAUUGGGUUUUGUUGGAUUGGUGAGGAGCAGACUCUGAAUGGAGGGGUACGAGAAAAGGUUGAACUGGCCAAGAAAUUUUAUCAGCUUUGGGGAUAAAAAGAAGAGAUAUGAGGUGACCCUGCAUAUCUGAGAGUUGCUGUUGAGGGUAGCUUGAAUAGCCUUAGUGUUGAUUCUAUUGGUCUCUAGCUUUGGAUUGACAUCCGUGUCCCCAGUGAAGGCACGAAAUUUAGAUAUGACCAGAAAAGAGCAUUCUUUUGCUGGAACUUGAGAUAGUCUAGAGUCCAGAACUUUCAACGUUUUGAAUCCCGAAUUAACCAAGGGGCUUAACAGCCCACCGUCAUCUAGAUUCAAAGUCAAGGUGUUGUUCGGAUAUUGAUCGUAGCAAGCAUCUCUUCCUUCAUUGGAUGGGUUCAGGCUUGCUUGUCUCGCUCUCAUAUUGGAAGGCUAGGUUUGGAACCCUCUAGGAACUGAGUCGCCAGAAAGAUCUCUUCUGUGUUCUUAGUGAACCAACAUGAUUGACUGCUAGGUUCUAUUAUCCCUCUUUAGCUAAGUGCAUAUUCUUAUAUCCAAAUUAGUCAGUUUAUGUAAGUAGCACAAUUAACUUGUAGGCAGCAGCUGUGCCACUGUACUUGCAAGACUGUUCCUCUCUCUCUCUCUCUCUCUCGUUUGAGCACUUGGCAUGCAUGCAUCAUGAUUCCCUUAUUUUUAGCGGUACUUGUCAUUUUGGUAAAGUCAUUUUAGUCUUGAUGCUUAAACAUUAUGUGGUAAUUGGUUGCUGUAUGAACCCAGGUACCAAGCUGAAAACCUAGAGCAUAAUAAAACGUUAUUCGAGCGGAUUAGUUGAUGUUGCGGCAAGGAAAGGGUGCACCCAAUAAUCCCCAUCUCAACUAGCACUAGCCUGGGUUCAUCACCGACGGAAUGAUGAGU